AAUGGAGGAUUAUCGAAGUGCUAUCAAGAAAUUGAAAUUGCAAGCUUAAUAGUUAGAGUAGGAAAAUAAUGAAUUAAAAGUUAAGUUGGCUAUGCCUGCAGAUGAAGAAUUGAGAAUACCCUAAUUUGAAGCUAUCUUGUCUUCGAAUACUUCUCAACUGUACAUCCGUGAAAAGGUAUUGAAAGAAUUAUAAAAAUGUUGCAAUGAAAGAGGAAUGACAGUUGAGAUGCUUUUUAGAUGUGCAGACAAAAGAUUUACAGGGAAGUUGACUAUUCAAGAAUUCAAAGAAUUUUUAGAUUCAUUUUUUGAUGGAAGAAUAGAUGGAAUCACUCUUCAAAAAGUAGCUCUACUCUUUGACGACGAUUGCAGUGGAUUCAUAAUGAGGGAAGAAUUCUAUAGGGUUUUAAUGUAUUGUAAAUGUAAUGCUGAAGAACAUGCCUAUAUUCUAAAUACACAAGCUAUGAAAAUGGGUUAGCCUCAAGAUGAUCCAGCGAAAAUUUAGGAAAGAGUCCUGGAGAAAUUUAUUAAAUAUGUCUCAGGUUUGAAGAAUACUCCCAAAGGCAUUGUAGAAUAAAUAGAUUAUUAGUAAAAAGGAUACAUUACAACAGAUGAUUUAUUGAUGUCUAUGAAAAAUGACUUUGGCUCAAAUGAGAUCUUUAUAAUCAUGAAAUACUUCGACAUCAAACAAAUGAACAAAGUCAAAGAUGAGGAUUUUUUGUUUGAUCUCAAGGAAUGUCUUAAUCCAAACAAAACUGCUUAGUAAUUAUUAGCUCUAAGAGAAAAUAAUACUGGUUUGCGCAUUCUUUAGGACAUGAGAAAAUUUAGACAGGUCUUAAGAUAAUAUAAAUUGGAUCCUUUGAUGAUUUAUUAUUAAUGCUAUCCAAAAGAUGUGUAAAGAAAAUAAAUUACAGAUUUGGCAAUUGCAUUUAGUAAAUACAUGAAAGGAACUCAAUUUGAUUAGAUCAUGAAUUGGAUGAGAUUAAUCGAUACAAGUUAAGAUGGGGCUGUUGAUAUUGAAGAGUUCAAAAUGGCAAUUCUUAUUGAGGAGGAUCUGGCAACAUAUCAGUAGUUAAAGGUUGAGAGGCAAGAAUAAAUUGAACCAACUCUGAUUGAGGUAGUUAUUGAGAAAAUGAAGAAGAAAUAAGUUGGAUUGGAAGAGUUCUUUGAUUGGAUUGACACGGAUAAAAGUUAAAUUGUAACUGUUUUAGAAUUGAGAAAAGGGUUUUUAGCAUUGAAUAUUGAUAUUGGAUAUGUGCUUAAGCUUUUAAAAUUGUUUGAUAAGGAUUAGAAAGGGUAAGUGGACAUUUGUGAGUUUUAUGAAGCAUUUGGUUUGGAAUACAAGGAGGAGACUGAUAGAAUAAUUAUGAAGAAGGCUGCUAAUAAGUUGAAUAACCUAUUUAUUAAGAAUUAAACUAAUUUUGUUGCAGGAAUGAAAAAAUUGCUGUACACUUUCAAUUAGUCUUGUCCCAUCAUUACAUGUGAGGAGUUUCUCUUGGCAAUGGAUACGGUAAAGGAUAAGUGUAAUUUAAUGGAUGGAGAAAUAUAUAAGAUGAUGGAAUUUGCAGAUAAGGAAAAAAAAAAUCAAAUUUAAUUAAAUUCAUUUUGUAAUUAUUUAUAUAGUCUACUCUGA